UACAAAAAAAUGAAAAAAAAUUUGACAAGUCGAUGAUAUAGAUUUAUGAACAUGAUGAAGUGGACAUGAAGAACUCCUAAUGACAUUUCAAUAAAGAAUAUGUUUGAUUGCUUUACAGAGUUAGAGCUGAAUUAAAACCUAAUCUGGAUAUUAAUAACAUUGAAUGUACUAUAACAUUGAGAUAAGGUUUUAAUCUGGCAUUUAACACAUGUGAAACAAUCAGACAUGAAUGAGUCAUAAUGAGUUUUUUGUCUCGCUCUGCUUGAUCGUUUUAUAUAUGGUGCCUAAUAUCAUUAACAAUUAUACCAAUUAUUUACAUGAUACGUCACAGGUGCUUCAUGAGGAGCAGGACGUGUUGACCCUAAGGCCUUUCGUGUGCUCCUUAAUCACACACAGGCAGCGUUGUGUUGGUUCCAGUCUUAAGUUUUUAUUUUAUGUUUCGUAUAUAUAUUGUUGUUUGUCUUUUGGCCUAUUUUUCGAUUUUUGACAUGACCAUGUCAUUUUAUUUCCCACUGUUAAUCUUAAAAGUCCCUUUCAAUAUUGUAUCUUUCGACUCUCUUCACCUUUGGAGUUUCUGCUGUAGAUGCCUAAGUCAACAGUUAAUAAAGUCUCAUCAGACAGUCAGUGAUGUUGGAGUAGAUAUAUUGAAAUGUCCAACACCUUCAUACAUUUUGAGGAGCUGUCUGACAAAAUUAAAAAGAAACAAAAAGUGAAACCAAUGUGAAACUUGGAUAUCACAACUCAAGGAAUCAUAGAAUUGAUUGAUUGAUUGAUUGUUGGUUGCUUAACCUCGGUGCCCAGUGCCACUGUGGCAUAAUAUUCCAAGCAUGUUCAUGAUGAAUCAUAGAAAUGCAUUGUAUAAACGGAUCAUUUUAGACAAACUAAUUUGCAUUUUCAGAUUUGUGAAGACAGUUUAUGAUGAUCUUGUAUCAACACCACUUGAAAAGCUGAGAACUGAUGUGAAUUUCUUCACUAUACUCAUAGAUGGCGCCACUGAUGUAUCUGUUACCGAAAAUGAGUUGAUUUAUGUCAGAUUACUACAAGAUGGUAUUCCUGCAAACAAAUACUUUAGUAUUGAAGAUGUUGAAAGUGCUGAUGCUGCAGGUGUUUUGAACAGUAUAAAUGAGGCAUUUGAUCGACAUGGGUUGCCAGACUGGAAAGAAAAGCUUAUUGGAUUUGGAUCAGAUGGCGCAUCAGUUAACUUGGGUAACCGUUCAGGAGUUGCAAAGCAGAUCAAAGAUGAAGUUCCGCAUCUCAUCAUAACUCACUGUGUUGCCCAUCGUCUAGAACUUGCAGCCAAUAAUGCUAUAAAACACCAUAAGAUCAUGCGGGAGAUACAAGACAUUCUGCAACAUAUGUACAAACAUUACCAUUACUCGCCAAAAGCCCUUCGAGAAUUGAGAAAACUGGCUGAAGCACUUGAAGAAAAGAUUUUGAAACCUACAAAUCUGUCUGGCACACGUUGGCUUCCAUUUAUUGAGAGUGCUCUGCAUGUCUUGGUUGUUGACUUUCGUGUAAUUUUGGCUUAUUUUGAACAUGUUGUUGAGUCUCGAACUGGUUCAGCUGAAGUACAAGGGCGAGCUCAUUUCAUUAGCAAGAAGUUGAAAGAUUAUAAGUUUUUAUACCUGACCUUUUUUGUCUUAGACGUUUUAAAGGUGUUAAGUAUUCUUAGUAAAACCAUGCAGAGAGACGAUUUGACAUUGUCACAACUGUUUGAUGCCCUUACAACAGCCCAUCUUGCUCUUGCGGAGUUACGGAGUACCAAUGGAAAUCAGCUGUCAAAUUUCCUGUCUGAAGUUGUUGGCGAAACUUUUCGUGACAUAAGUCUGAAAAAUGUUCAUCAUGAAGAAAAUUAUGCAACGAUAAAACAAGAGAUGCUGGACCUAAUCUGCAAAGCUUUAGAUGAUAGAUUUGGACCAUCUGAAAAAGAUCCAUUAUUGCUUGCAGCUGCAAAAAUAACUGACUUUAACGACUGGCCGAGAGAAAUUCAAAACUUGGCAUCUUUUGGGCAAGAUCAACUCAACCUGCUCCUUCAACAUUUUCAGGACAUUCUCAACAGAAGUGGUUGUGACCUGGAAAUUAUCAAAAAUGAAUGGACUGAUUUUAAAGCCUACAUAUACAGACACAAACAAACAGAUAUCAGUAUAUUUUUUAUUAAUGACAAUCUUAAAACUAGAUUCAAGAAUCUGUUAUUCUUGCUGGAGAUCAUACAGGUAUUUCCACUAUCUUCUGCAGCCUGUGAGCGUGGAUUUUCGGCAAUGAAGCGUAUAAAAUCAGACUGGAGGAGUUCUCUAAAACCAGACAUGUUGCAGCGACUUUUGUUCAUUGCCAUCGAAGGUCCAUCAGUCCCAGAUUUCAAUGUGGAUUCAGUAUUCAUAAGGUGGUGGUCUACAGGAAGACCAAAGCAUCCUGGGUUUAACCCUUAUAACUACAGAAUGGAUAGAUCCAUAAGAGAACCCAGUGCCUGUGAUUUUGGAAGUGAUGACGAUUAAAUGAUUGAUAGUGAAAUUGAGUCAAACACUCAGUCUGAAAUAAUAAAGCAUUUUGUUUAUAUUAGUAUUCUUUAUUUAGUUACAAACAAAUUCAUAUAGCAUAACACAUUUCUCCCUUCAUAAGGUACGCUCAAAGCUCAAGUGUUUUUGAUGCAUAUCAUCAACUUUUUUUUUAAAAUUCGGACAAGUGAGUUAAGAGUUCGGACAAGUUGAUUUUUUUGCAACUUGUCCGAAGGGACAAGUGAGAAAAAAUGAUAAUGUAGA